GGCCUGGUGUCCCGCGUGGGGUCUUGCUGGCGACGCGGCCGGGCCCCGGAGUCCCGCGGCGAGAAGCGCCGGUGCCGACUCCGGAUCGCCGCACGUCGCCAUCUUGUCCCCGGAGAGGGCAGCGGCGGGCGGGGAGGCGUACCCCGGGGCCGGGCUUGGGCUGCUGGCGGGCGGAGGGCCCGGGCGGGGACCCUUCGGCGGAGCCGGGCCGUAACUGUCGGGCCGGCUGGGGGUGGAAGGCGCCGGGUCGGGGGCCGGAGACCGCACGAGGCCUGGGCCUCCCCGCAGCCCCGCUCCCAGGCUUGGGCUGGCUCGCCCCGCCGGGCCCCCGUGUGCGCACCGUUAGAACAGCGCUGCAGUGUGUGAACGUUUCACAGGUCAGCGCUAAGAAGCGUUCGGAAGCCAAGUCAUGGAUCCACCUGCCCGCAAAGAAAAAUCCAAAGUUAAAGAACCUGUCAGCAGAGUGGAGAAGGCCAAGCAGAAAUCAGCCCAGCAGGAGCUGAAGCAAAGACAGAGAGCAGAGAUCUACGCCCUCAACCGAGUCAUGACGGAGCUGGAGCAGCAGCAGUUCGACGAGUUCUGUAAACAGAUGCAGCCUCCUGGAGAGUGAGCCACCCCGGCCCCCGACGCGGCCCCGGAGGCUGUGUCUGUCUGCCUGCUGCCUGUUUUAGGCCGAGCCGGUCCACUUGGAACCUUACAGAAUGAGACAAGACGACAUUUGUGUUCUUCCUAAAACUGGAUAAAUGGGAACUUCCUGUGUGUGACUCCUGCUUCACUUGGUCCUCCAGUCUGGAGGCCCGAUGCUUGCUGAAGAGACUCGUUUUAUUCUUCUAAGACACUAGAUUUGUUUUCUUUUUUAACUUUUUUCUAUCGUUUGAGAAAAACUUCAGUGUCUCUCGUGAAACUGUAGAUCUUCUCCAAAUAAAAUACUGAUAAAAUGUU